AUGGAGAACCCAGCGGACCUGAGGAAGCAGCUUUUUGUGGAGUUUGAAGGAGAGCAGGGCGUCGACGAGGGAGGGGUGUCCAAAGAGUUCUUCCAGCUGGUGCUGGAGGAGAUGUUCAACCCUGAUAUUGGUGAGAUGUUCAACUGCUUAACAUUUGGCUGAUAUUGGUGAGAUGUUCUUCUGCUUAACAUUUGGCUGAUAUUGGUGAGAUGUUCUUCUGCUUAACAUUUGGUUGUGAAGAUAUUUAAGACAAGACUCAUGACAAGUCUUACUGAUCGCUCAGGCAUUUCUUUUUUAUUAUUCACAAGCAAAACUCUCCUCAUGGUGUUUUUAUAUUCUUUUUAAAAAAUUAAUUAAAUGAGUGUUCCUUCCCUCAGGCAUGUUUACGUAUGAUGAGUCCACCAAGCUGUUCUGGUUCAACCCGUCCUCUCUGGAGAACGAGGCCCAGUUCACCCUGAUAGGCAUCGUCCUGGGCCUGGCCAUCUACAACAACUGCAUCCUGGAUGUACACUUCCCCAUGGUGGUCUACAGGAAACUGAUGGGGAAGAAAGGCACCUUUCUGGACCUGGCGGACUCACACCCGGUACUGGAACAUAGUGUUUAAUGUAACAUCUUUGAACCUGUUAGAUAUGAUAUAGUAAGUAGCCAGAAAGGCCCAUAGGGCAGGAGCUCAUCUCCUGUUUCUGCAGCGUGAGGCAGCUUGAUAUACCUUGGACAAGACACUAGUCUAUCGCAGGGCCAAUAUGAUAUAGGCCGAUGUUAUUUUCUAAUAGUGUUUCCCGUAAGUAAAAAAACGUAUGCACCCAUGACUGUAAGUCGCUUUGGACCUAUAUACUAGGCGGUGUCAGAGGAAAGUCCAGAAAAUUGUCAAAGACUCGAGUCACCUGUCAUAGACUGUUCUCUCUGCUACCGCACGGCAAGCGGUACCGGAGCGCCAAGUCUAGGUCCAAAAGGCUCCUGAACAGCUUCUACCCCCCCCCAAGCCAUAAGGCUCCUGAACAGCUUCUACCCCCCCCCCCCCCAAGCCAUAAGGCUCCUGAACAGCUUCUACCCCCCCCCAAGCCAUAAGACUGCUGAACAGCUUCUACCCCCCCAACCCCCCCCCCCCCCCCCAAGCCAUAAGACUGCUGAACAGCUUCUACCCCCCCCCCCCCAAGCCAUAAGACUCCUGAACAGCUUCUACCCCCCCCCCCCCCCAAGCCAUACGACUCCUGAACAGCUUCUACCCCCCCCCCCCCCCCUCCCCCAAGCCAUACGACUCCUGAACAGCUUCUACCCCCCCCCCCAACCAUAAGACUGCUGAACAGUUAAUCAAAAUGGCCACUGUGACUAGUAUUAUUGACGCCAUAAUAGGACAGAUACAAUGUUGCAUCAUCUAACUAUCUCCAUGGUUCUCUCCCAUGCCAGGUUCUGUAUCAGAGUCUGAAGGAGCUGCUGGGGUAUGAGGGGAACGUGGAGGAGGACAUGAUGAUCACCUUCCAGAUCUCACAGACUGACCUGUUUGGAGACCCCAUCACUUACGACCUGAGGGAACACGGGGACAAGAUACCUGUUAGUGAGGACAAUAGGAAGGUGAGAUACCUGUUAGUGAGGACAACAGGAAGGUGAGAUACCUGUUAGUGAGGACAAUAGGAAGGUGAGAUACCUGUUAGUGAGGACAAUAGGAAGGUGAGAUACCUGUUAGUGAGGACAAUAGGAAGGUGAGAUACCUGUUAGUGAGGACAACAGGAAGGUGAGAUACCUGUUAGUGAGGACAAUAGGAAGGUGAGAUACCUGUUAGUGAGGACAAUAGGAAGGUGAGAUACCUGUUAGUGAGGACAAUAGGAAGGUGAGAUACCUGUUAGUGAGGACAAUAGGAAGGUGAGAUACCUGUUAGUGAGGACAAUAGGAAGGUGAGAUACCUGUUAGUGAGGACAAUAGGAAGGUGAGAUACCUGUUGUUGUUUGAUGCCACUGCAGAAUAAGUAAAAGAGGCCUUGUCCAAUCCAGAACGGCUCCAUAGAGCAGGAGUCUAUCUCCUGUUUCUUAGGAUGAGGCAACUUGAUGUACAAGUACACCACCUGGACAGGAUGCUAGUCUAUCACAGGACCACUGAAGUAUCUAGUCUAUCACAGGACCACUGAAGUAUCUAGUCUAUCACAGGACCACUGAAGUAUCUAGUCUAUCACAGGACCACUGAAGUAUCUAGUCUAUCACAGGACCACUGAAGUAUCUAGUCUAUCACAGGACCACUGAAGUGAAUGAUGACAUUGUUUUGACUUUUCCUAUCUAUGAUCUCCAGGAGUUUGUCUCUCUGUAUGGUGAUUACAUACUUAAUAAGAGUGUGGAGCGCCAGUUCAAAGCCUUCAGAAGGGGCUUCCGGAUGGUCACUAACGAGUCGCCGCUCAAGUGUUUAUUUAGACCUGAAGAGGUAGAGCUACUUAUCUGUGGAAGCAGGGUAAGUAGGAAUAUCUUUGGAAUUUGACUUUGUGCCUAUGAUUUUAAAAACAAAAAGAUACAUGCAUACAGUGCCUUCAGAAACUAUUCACACCCCUUGACUUUUUCCACAUUUUGUUGUUACAGCCUGAAUUUAAAAUGGAUUAAAACUAAGAUUUGUUUUCUUACUGGCCUACACACAAUACCCCAUAAUGUCAAAGUGUAAUGAUGUUUUUCCGAUAAUUUUUACAAAUUCAUUAAAAAUGAAAAGCUGAAAUGUCUUGAGUCAAUAAGUAUUCAACCCCUUUGUUAUGGCAAGCCUAAAUAAAAAAAUUAAUAAAAAGAAGCGUAAGGUUGAUGCGCAGAAAUCAUAUUAUCAUAAUACAAAAAUUCCCCAUAAAAAUCUGUCAGUUGAAGCAUCUGCGGUGGAAGUUGACAGAGCUAGAGCGGUGUUUGUCAGACCAUGAGACAUUCUGAACAUCGGUCUUCUCGCAAAACUGUCUGUAGCGUCCGAACAAUUUAGGCUACACACUAAUAUGACUCCUCACGAACACGUACAUGUCGGUUGUUUUGCUCCAAGACGCCCGCAGGCCUCACGACUCGUCUAAAGCUCCCCAGUACCAGUCGGAAAAAUAUGGAAGUAUACAGUGCAUUCGGAAAGUAUUCAGACCCCGUAAAGCCCAGCUCUGUGGAGUGUACGGCUUAAAGUGGUCCUAUGGACAGAUACUCCAGUCUCCGCUGUGGAGCUUUGCAGCUCCUUCAGGGUUAUCUUUGGUCUCUUUGUUGCCUCUCUGAUUAAUGCCCUCUUUGCCUGGUCCGUGAGUUUUGGUGGGCCCUCUCUUGGCAGGUUUGUUGUGGUGCCUUAUUCUUUCCAUUUUUUAAUAAUAGAUUUAAUGGUGCUCCGUGGGAUGUUCAAUCUGUACUUCUCCAAACCUUUGUCCCUGACCUGUUUGGAGAGCUCCUUGGUCUUCAUGGUGCCGCUUGCUUGAUGGUGCCCCUUGCUUAGUGGUGUUGCAGACUCUGGGGCCUUUCAGAACAGGUGUAUAUAUACUGAGAUCAUGUGACAGAUCAGGUGACACCUUAGAUUGCACACAGGUGGACUUUUAUUUAACUAAUUAUGUGACUUCUGAAGGUAAUUCGUUGCACCAGAUCUUAUUUAGGGGCUUCAUAUCAAAUACAUAUGCACGCACCACUUUUCCGUUAAAUAAGUAAUUUUUUUUCAUUUCACUUCACCAAUUAGGACUAUUUUGUGUAUGUCCAUUACAUGAAAUCCAGAUAAAAAAUCUAUUUAAAUUACAGGUUGUAAUGCAACAAAAUAGGGAAAAAAAACGCCAAGGGGGAUGAAUACUUUGGCAAGGCGCUGUACAUAUCCUUUAAAAUAUAUAUAUUUCCCUUUAGUACUUUCUAAAAUGUAAAUGUACAAAUGUUAGAAUUUUUCUUCCGUUUUGACAUUUUAGAGUAUUUUGUGUAGAUCGUUGACAAAAAUAUCACAAUUAAAUCAAUUUUCAGGGCAGCACUAUUGUUUUCAAUGUAGCUUUGAUCUAACGAUGAUUUCCUGUGUUCUAACUUCCUUCUCAGAAUUUAGACUUUCAGGCACUUGAAGAAACGACCGAGUAUGACGGAGGCUACAGCAAGGAUUGUCGCGUUAUU